UUCAGAUUUGAACAGUAUGGCAGGAAGGCAUCAGAAUCGCAGCUUUCCUCUUCCAGGAGUUCAGUCAAGUGGUCAAGUACAUGCAUUUGGAAAUUGUACAGACAGUGAUGUGUUGGAGGACGAUGCUGAAGUGUAUGAGCUAAGAGCCAGAGGAAAAGAGAAAGUCCGAAGAAGUACAUCAAGAGACAGACUUGAUGACAUUAUAGUAUUAACAAAAGAUAUCCAAGAAGGAGACACUUUAAAUGCAAUAGCCCUUCAGUACUGUUGUACGGUAGCAGACAUCAAGAGAGUUAACAAUCUCAUCAGCGAUCAAGACUUUUUUGCCCUUAGGGCUGUCAAAAUUCCAGUAAAAAAGUUUAGUUCCUUGACUGAAACACUUUGUCCUCCCAAAGGAAGACAGGCCUCACGUCACUCAUCUGUUCAGUACUCUUCAGAACCACAGGACAUUUUGCCAGCUGUUGAUUCUCUUUCUUCCAGUGAGUCAGCUGGUAGCUUUUUAAAAGAAGUAGACCGAGACAUAGAACAAAUAGUCAAGUGCACAGACAACAAGAGAGAGAACCUCGAUGAGGUGGUGUCUGCCUUAACAGCACAGCAAGUGCGUUUUGAGUCUGAUAACAGAAGCACUCAGCAUAAGGAUCCCUAUUACGGAGCAGACUGGGGAAUAGGGUGGUGGACGGCUGUGGUGAUCAUGUUGAUAGUAGGUAUAAUAACACCAGUAUUUUAUUUGCUGUAUUAUGAAAUUUUAGCUAAAGUGGAUGUUAGUCACCAUUCAACAGUGGACUCUUCACAUCUGCAGUCAGGAAUCACACCCCCAUCACAGCAGAGAGAAGUGGAACAUGGAAUUGCUCCAACCAAAGGAACACACCUCAGCCAACAAGAUGAUCAUAAACUGUAUGGGCAAGAUUCUUGGUCCCCUGCUGCUCAACACCAGAUAUAGCACUUAGCUCGUAGUCAUGGGGUUGAUGAUCACGUGUGUGCAUCUGGCAUGUGGUGAAUCGGUUAUGUUCAAUAACCACUUCAAAAGCAGGAUUUAGGGAGAUUGAAGAUGUUUUAUAGUUUUUUAAACUAAAUUAAACUAAAUCCACUUACAUGUGGAUUGUGUUUAAGAUCCCUACAGUUGCUAAUUGUUGCUAUUGAGAGCAGUCUCUGCAAAAAUCUGGUGUUAGUGCUUAAAGCAGAAAUGAAUUUAAAUGUGUGUUUAGAAAGUUCUUGGAAGUCAUUUUCUCACUUAAGACUAGCUAUGUUUAAAUUUUAUUUUUUUAAGUAAUUUCUUAUUUAAAGUUUUUGUUAAAUUAAUGAAAUAAAAUGAUGAUAGCAUGACAUGUCUGCAACUGAAGAAAAUUUACUACUGUGAGUUACCAAAAUAUUUAGUUGGCAAAAAAGUCUGAUUCUUAAGUUUAUGAUAGCAUAUACUUAACACACUAUUUUGAAACUUUUAAAAAACAAAUUCAGCACAUGUGCUAUGAAAGCAUAAGUACAAACAAAUGGCAAUGUAAUGUAUAAUUUCAGUAUUAGAGGCUAAGAAAUAGAUUAAAAGAUUUUGAAGCCCCCAAAAUAACAUGGUUGGAAAGCUGUCAUCUGGUCAUUAGAACACUGGAGUAUCAAGACCUAAAAUUAAUUUUUGUCUCUUAAAGAAUGCUUUCUUUAAGCUAGACCCUUUAACCUCACCUCUGUGCUUCUGUUUUUAAACAAUCAUAUUUGCCUCUGAUAUUUGAAAGCACUUUUGUAAUUUUGAUGAUGAAAAGUGUUACCCAUGUACAGAUUAGCAUUAUUUAGGAAAUAAUUCCUCACAUACUGUGACAAAUCACUGCUGUUAUGUAUAGUAACAUGCCUUAAUUACAUUUAAUGCCUUAUAAUAUUACUUUGUGUAAGUAAAUACAAGUUUUAGAAUUAAAAUUAAGCAUUAUAUCAGAUGACCCCCAUGGGAUUCAGCACAUAGGCUAUAUAAAUUCGUCUCUACCUUCACUGUCAAGCACAUGUAAUUGGGUCAAGACAAAUCUUUGCCUCAGAGGUCUUUUGAAGAAAAUGGAUUAUUAAGCAAAAAUGAGUAGAAAGGCGCCCUUUUUUUUUUAAUGAUAGCAAAUUGUUUAUAUAGUGAUCUCUUGCCCUCAGUUUUUCAAAGAGAAAUGUCCAACUUUCCUGAAAUGUAGCAUCAAAUUGGAGAACAAAGGCCAAAGGUAGAUGGAUUGGUUGAAAGGGCUUGACAGUGCUACUAAGGUCUGUUAUGAGUCAGCCAGAGUCUGACUAAUAAAUAAGAAACAUUUGCAUACUGAUAACAGCAUUUAAUCUUUAAAGUAUGUGUUGUUAAAAUGUAACCAAAAUUAUUCAAUAGAAAUGAGAUUCAUGGAGUCUGGAUUGCUUGUUUUUUGUAUAAUAAAGUAUAUAC